CCCGCAGCUGUCAAACAAAGAUGCGUGGUGCCGCGUCACCGAUCUCGUCUGUCGCUCCACGACAACGUCGAUUGUCGCAAAUUGCGUCGAAGGAGAGGAGGUGAUAAGCGCGCGGAGCUGUGUGCGGAGAACGAUGUACCGUGUGGCGCGCGGCAAUCACGGACUCUGCAUCUAGAUGCGCCGCGCCGUGCACUCUCGCGACGCGGAGGCUGCGAUUAUCCGGAGAUAACCUCUCGGUCGCUGAUCAGCAUUGACGGGCUCGGCAGCCCGUCGCGCGCAAGCAGACCAAAUACGAGGAUCGCGGGCCGGUCAUGGCAUGUCUGCUGAUGAAUCAAGAGAACGUCCACCUCAAGAUACCGUCGACGGACACGGUGGACGGGGUGACGUACUAUUGCAUCGAGGUUGGAAUCGCAUCCAUCAAGUGGACCGUGAGGCACAGAUACAAUGACUUCGCGGAGUUGCACGAGAAGCUCGUGUCCGAGCACUGCGUCGAGAAGGAUAUUCUACCGCCAAAGAAACUCAUUGGCAAUAAAUGCGAGGCCUUCGUGGAGAAACGCCGGCAGAGCCUCGAGUUAUAUCUCAAUGCUGUUUACGGUUACUUGAAGAAAGCAAUGCCCAGGGAAUUGGCAGUGUUUCUAGAUCUGCAUGUAUAUGACAUAUAUUUCCUGCUGCAGAGCAUGGCGUUGGAGUUCUUCACAAAUGGCAGCGCUCUGCUGCAAACUUCACCGAGCUAUAAAUUCAAUCCAAUACAGUUGUACGCAAUCAGCGAAAGGUUAAAGCAUCCGUGUCCGACUUUGGAAGUCGUUGAUAAGAAAUAUGAUUUUAGUCACGUGUUGGAUUUUAAUUCUCACAUAAACAAUCUUAUCAUCGAGGGCAGUUCGGAACCUUACAAGACCAGCAACAUUUAUCCGUCCUCGUUGUCCGUUGAGUUAACUACUUUCAAGAACGUGCGACAUUUGACGAUCGAUCGAUAUCCCGUCGACAAGAUUUACAACAUGGGAAAUUUACGUGACACCGUCAGCACACUGAGAGUCACCAACACUAAGCUCAGGAACAUUGUGGAACUGGCAAUGUGCGAGGAGGUUCACAAGAGCAUCGAGAACGCCAACGACUCCCACGUGUGGCUGAAGGUAACGCACCUAGACCUCAGCGACAAUCGCAUAGAGAUUAUCGACGAGGCGAUCAAGCUGCUGCCGCACAUAGAGAGCCUGACGCUGAACAACAAUCACCUGUCUGAGAUCUCCAACGUGACGCUGCUGCCGCGGCUGUCUCAGCUGUAUCUAGCAUCGAACAAUUUUACCAGUCUGCCAGACGAUCUUCACACGCGGCUCGGCUACAUCGUGAGCAUCGAUUUGUCGCAGAACAAGUUGACGUCGCUCGCCAGUUUCUCGAAGCUGUACUCGUUGGAAGAGCUGGACGUAAGCUGCAAUCGCAUCGAGAAGAUCGAAGAAGUGAAGUACAUCGGCCAUCUGCCAUGUCUCGAAAACCUGAGGUUGACGGGUAAUCCGGUAUCGACGAUUGUCGAUUACCGAGUCAAAGUAUUGGAGCCGUUCGGCAAGAGAGCCGCCGAUAUCUGUCUGGACAACGAGAAACCGAAUCAAAAGGAGCUCGACACUGUGUCGGUGCAUCAAGCGUUGCGCAUCGCGAGGGAGGGCAAGUCGCCUACGUUUACCGCAUCAGACGCGCCGCUGUUCUCCGCCGAAGUACCGAGUAUAUAAAAAUCCCGCUCGUAGUUCUUUUUUUCGAUCGUGACGAUCGCGUCAAAUGUCACCCUGUAAGAGCUGCUCGGAUACGAAAGAAGAGAGAUUCUUUUCUACAACGUGCAAAUUUUAUCGUGAGAUUUGUAUAUCUCAAUUUAUAGGUUGUUUGUUAAUCUCGUCAAUAUGUAAAUGGACGAGAGAAGAAGAACGUGCUCCUUCUCGUCUCCCAUGACGACGAUUCCGAGAUAAAAUAUAAAAUAUACCAAAUGAUAAAGUAAUGUUACAAACUUGUAUAUAAAUCCAGCAGAUAUUCUUUUCUUUAAGCAAGGAUAAAACUCCACGGAUCCAUGACAAAAAUUAUAUAAAUACGCUGCCUUACACGACUCCCGAGGCAAAUUCAUGAAUAAGAUCUUCGUUAUUUUAUACAUACAAUAUAACCGCAUGUGAAAGCGUAGUUUCUAUCGUUUGUUUAAGAAGACGAUUAACACUACUUAUAACUUAAAUGUGCGAAUAUUUAAUCUUAUUAACAUAUUCUCUUAUUAUACUUCGUAGGAACAAAUCAAUUGUGCAAUAUUAUCUAAGAUAUUUUUAUCUAAUUUUCACACACAAAACAAUCCUCUUAUUCUAGAGAGGAAUGGAAAUGAGAACUCGAUUUUAUAAUUUAACGUAAAAGAUUGUCUGUAUAUAAGAAAAAAAGAAUAUUUUGUUAAUAAAGACAAAUAAACUUACGAUCUGUGAUAA